UAUUUCUGACAAUACUACUACUUACGACUUUUGUCUGCCUUGCCCGGUAUAUCAGAAACUUCCGCCACAAUGCAGUUUAAAGUACUUCUUCUCACUGUCUUCGCCUCCCUUGCCCUGGCAAGCCCCAACUUGGCAGUAAGGAACCAGGAGCCUGAGAUAGUUCCGCGAAGGGAGAUCGUUCCUCCUUCUGGAGCUGACUGCUGUACAACAAAUAUUCCAGGUCGAUGCAACCCUCAAUGCUGCCCCGGAGGUCGUUGCCCCCAACUCUAAAUACCUAAGUGAUGUCCAACGCUUCACUCAACAGGGCCGACCAAGCUUUAGAAAUCUACUUGAGGCAGCAGCCAGUAAGAGCCUAUGUCUCUAGUACUGGAAACGGGCAGAGUCCAGCAUGCUGCGGUCUAGGGGCUUCGCGCUUUUCUUGCAAGUUAGUCAGCAACUCAGACACAUAGAUAGGGCUGCCAGGAUAGCUUCUACAGGA